AUGGCUGGCUCUCAUUCGGAUAGCGACAGCUCCUCCAGCAGUGACGACGAGAGCGUCGUCGGCUUCGGAGGCGCGCCUCUCUACGCCUGGUGUCCGGAGAGACGCGCCUCGCGCGCAGAGGAAAACAAGGAUUUUUCUUCCCACGCCCAGCCCAGUGUCCCGCGACUAGAGGAUUCCAUUGGUAAGAACCUCACGGUCGAGUCGGCUGUCGAUAAAGAGCGAGACCCCAGAACGCCGUCAGACCAGGCGAUUCAGACUCCAGCGCCGAUCAAGCCGCGUCGGUCAUUCUCCAAGUCGACUCUGCGGGCUGCGGCCAAAGCAUUCGCCCACCCGACCGCCACCUCGGCCGAUGGUGCCGCGCCCUCUCUGAGCCUAUCCGCCUAUCCAGGCCCCGCCCCCCAUAUUCUUCGCAGCGUCAAGGCAGCCUUCCCAUGCUUGCUUCUUCUUCUACAUCGGCUUCCCAGCCGCAAAACUCAUCGCGGCCAGACUUGCAAACUGCAGGCGCGCAUCUGGGGCCUUCGCCAGGGCAUGUAUAGCCAGAAUGAGAUCCCGCCCGAGUUCCUCAAGUCAUUCGACUAUGACGUGCAAGAGCUCAUGAGCAACACGGUCAAGAUGAAUCAGGCCGUCGACCGCCUGACUGCCGAGCUCAAGAAGGCGCUUACUGAGCAGGGACGCGUCCGCACCCUCGAGUCUACCAUCCGCAACCUCGAGGCCGAUCUUAGCGAUUGGAAGUCACGCUCGCAGAACGCCGAGAAAACCCUGUCCUGCAUUGCCGGGCGCAGCGACGAGGACGUGAGGACUAUUCAAUUUCUCAAGGAGCAACUCCGCCAGAAUGAAAUGACUCGGACGAUCCUCCAGGAACAAGUCAACGGCAAACGGAAUCUGUGGCUCAACGUCCACAGCGAGCCUCAGGACCGAGCUGCCGCUCUAGAUACACUCGCCCGUUCUUCGACCCCCCUCAGCGGUCAAACCUUUGCUUUGCCCCCGACCGAGCAAUCUUAUGCCUCGAGUAUCAGGUCCCCCCCUCCUAGUCUCCACUCGAGCAGCUCUCAUAUUGCCAAUGGCCACCCCAGCAUGGACCGCUCGGGCAGCUGUGCCUUUGGUAAUGUAAACACCAGCGGGCUCUACUACAGCGGUGUCCCUCAGGGCCAUGGCGGCCCCUUUGUCGGAUAUUCUCCCUUCCAGCCUAUCCCCCAAUCGCACUCCGGGCCCGUUGUCUACCACGGCGGCCACUCUCUUCACCAGCGCCGCCCGUCCAACACCACGGCCGCCAGCGGCCGUUCGGGCGUCGGCUACGCCGCGGUCAGCCGCCAAUCGAGCGUCCCCCCCGUCCGCCCGGCUUCCGGCCCUAGACGGAACCCGAGGGCGCCCACUACCAUGAUCACCGAGACGGGAAGCCCCAAGGAGCGGAAGCGGGCCACGCCGGGCUCGCUCGUCAGGGCUGACCUCGAAGGGUCCGACUUGCUGAUGUCCUGGGCCGACGAGUUCCAGUCGCUCUUCGCGCUGAUCUACGGCUUCUGCGCGUCCUACUUUGAUGACUUGCCGCCCAUGAACGAGGGCUGGAAGCGGCAGCUCCAGUCCGAGGCCAACGGCCACCUCUGGGACUACAUCUGCAAGAUCUGCCACAGCAACCAUGAGCAGACCCGCGGCGAGAACGCCAUGCGUUUGCUGAACAACCGCAACUCCCGCCCCUACCUCAUGCAGCGCCUCAUCCUGCAGCACAUCAUAGUCUUCAUUUGCAGCUCCGAGGGCUGGAAGGACUACUCGGAGGACGUCGACGAGGAGAUGGAGAAGCUGGAGAUGCGUUUGAAGAAGAUGGAUCCGCCUGGGAGCUGUCGAACCAAGCUGUUCCAGUCGCGGCUGACGUUCCAGUAUGUGUGGAACGACGGCGGCACCCGCUUCGCGACCGAGGCCCACGAGCCGCUGGACUAUGUCCCCAUCGGCGGGACUGGUGGUGGUGGUGGUGCCGGCGGGGUGGGCGGGGUGACCGUGGGCGUGGCCCUGCAGAACGAGCACGCCCGCGUGCGGUUCUGCGCGACGCCCGCGGUCACGGUCAGGAAUGACCAGGGGAUGGCCAUCGGGAUCAGGAAUAUUCUGAAGGCGGGCGUGUUGGUGAUGCGCUACUAG